AUGUUGUUUGUACCAUAUCUGACCGCCCACUCACGUCGUGACACGUGGAACACCCUCAAAGCCGAGACUAGCUCAACCAGGCCAUACCGAAUGUUCGUUCGGCACACUGUGCCGAUUCAGGGGGUCGAUUAUGCACCAUCAGCCCCUUCGCCAACCUUCAGCAUGGUAUGCCGAGCAACCAACCAUCACGUCAGUCCAAUUCUGUCAGAUUACCUCAGAACUUCUGCUGGAACCUGUUAG